GUUGCAAGUUACAUAACACGAACCUGUUAAACACGGUAGUUGUCGUUGUUCGUAAAAUGAGUUCAUUCAACACUUUUGUAGUUUUAUAUUUCUUUAGUAGUCAUAGAUGAAAAAGCGAAAUGACGGUUCACUUUUUAAAAGAUGCCUGUCGUGUCGUUUUACCUUUGUAUUCACACAUUCUGCCAUCAAAUGUUUUUGCCCGUCAGACUCCUAUUUUGAAGAGGCACUUGAUCGGACAUGCGUGGAGCAGCAGAAUCUACAGCCGCAGCGCAUCACACAGUCACGGCAAACUGGUCAGAAAUGGCGAGAAUAAGAACUCUGUGAUUUGGUUGGAGGGAAAUAUUGCAAGUGGGAAGACAACGUGUCUGGAGUACUUCGGCAAAACCAGUGACAUUGAGGUUUUGACAGAACCUGUGACUAAAUGGAGAAAUGUGCAUGGAUGCAAUCCAUUGGGUUUGAUGUACCAGGACCCAACUAGAUGGGGUCUCACUCUUCAGACAUACGUCCAACUGACAAUGCUGGAUCGACAUGUCUCACCAAUGACACAACCAAUCAGAAUGCUGGAAAGGUCUAUCUGCAGUGCAAAGUACAUUUUUGUGGAGAAUCUUUAUAAAAGUGGAAAGAUGCCUGAAGUGGACUUUGCCGUUUUAAGUGAAUGGUUUGAGUGGAUCCUUAAGAACAUAGACAUUCCGGUGGACCUUAUUGUUUACCUGCAGACCUCUCCACAGACCUGCUAUGAGAGGCUAAAGCAGAGGUGCCGAGAGGAAGAGAAGGUUAUUCCAAUGGAAUACUUAGAAUCAAUCCAUAACCUGUAUGAAGACUGGCUAAUUCAUCAGAAGUCCUUUGAUGUCCCUGCUCCAGUCCUUGUAAUCCCAGCAGAUCACGAUCUUAAGAAGAUGCUGCAUCAGUAUGAGGAGAACAGAGAGAGGAUUUUAAUGGCAAAUUGCUUUUGACCAAGUAGAGGAUCUAAGUGAGAACAAUGGCCAUAUCAGUCCACAAACACAGAUGAAGCGAGCACUUCUGUGACCUGAAUCUCUUAAUUUACGUAGUGCAAACAUUCCUCUCGCAUUGACGAUUUACGAAGUGGUGGAAUUGGAAGAUAGUUGAUAUGACAUACAGUGGGUGUUUUAUUUAAAUGCUGUUUUUUGGUAUACAUUUUUUCAUGUCAAAUGGAUUAAGCUUUACAGAAGAUUGUCUAUUUCUAUUUUUAAAUUCCACAGUACGCAUGUCUUUGGAAAGAUACAUUUAUCUUGCGUUCUUUUUGAGUUAAAUUUGCUGUAUGAGGAACUGCAAAUACUAUAUGAAAGGAACCAUUGGGAUCAGUGUUGGGUAGUUACUGGGUGCGUUACUGAACAAUGUAAUUUAUAUCAAUACUUAAUUUAAAGUUAACUUUUUAAUAAAAUGUUUUUAUUACA